AUUUGGCAAAUUGCCAUGAACUUCCGGUAUAGAAUAAAGACACACGCGGAUCUAUCGAUAGAAGAACGCGAUUAACGCGAAUAAUAUUAAAUUUAACUGGUAAAAGAAGACUUAUUUAUUAAAUGUAUAUUGUCUGUUAUUAAAAAUGUCCAAUAACGGUGCUCCGGACUCUUGGGAAAGUCAAGCGGAUCUUAUAAGUGAACAAGGUGCAAAAGAUUCUAAUGAUGUGUCUGCUAAACUCUCCACGUUGAAUGUCAACGCGGUUGAAUUUGUGCCUUCUUUUUGUAUGCCAUCUCGUGCUGACGACAAUACUGAAUCCCCCACAACACCACAAAAAUCUGAAAGCGAUUCCACAAACUCUACUGAAUGCCCUGUCAUAAAUGGUUGUGGAGACGGCGGCGCUGAAAGCGGCGACGGUCGUGCAGCGUCCGCUUCCCCACGAGUAGAAGAACCACCGCCCGUGCCACCUGCUGCUGCACCCACAGCUGCAGCACUUCCCAUCCCAUCAGACGUCUCGCCUACUGCCGAUAGUUGGGAAGCAGAGGCUGAUGAUGCAUUACUCACUCCUGAAGAUAACAAUGAGGCAGACGAAGAAGAUGGGGAACAACAGGAUGAUGGUGAAACAGCAAAAAAAAUCCCAAAGAAAAAACCACCUCGAGUAGAAGAUACAAGAAGUAAAAAAGAACAUGUGAAUGUGGUUUUUAUUGGACAUGUUGAUGCUGGAAAAUCUACUAUUGGUGGACAAAUUAUGUCUCUGACAGGGAUGGUUGACAAAAGAACACUAGACAAAUAUGAAAGGGAGGCACGAGAGAAGUCCAGGGAAUCCUGGUACCUAUCAUGGGCACUUGACACCAAUCAAGAAGAACGUGACAAAGGAAAAACAGUGGAAGUGGGGAGAGCAUAUUUCGAGACUGAGAAGAAGCAUUUCACAAUUCUUGAUGCACCUGGGCACAAGAGUUUUGUACCUAACAUGAUUGGAGGGGCAGCGCAGGCUGAUCUUGCCGUCUUGGUCAUAUCUGCGCGUAAAGGUGAAUUCGAAACUGGUUUCGAUAGAGGAGGGCAAACUCGUGAACAUGCUAUGUUGGCUAAAACAGCGGGCGUGAAACACUUAGUGGCACUUGUGAAUAAGAUGGAUGACCCUACUGUCAACUGGGACGAAAAAAGAUACAAUGAAUGUCGAGACAAAAUCCUGCCAUACCUCAAAAAGUUGGGCUUUAAUCCAGCGAAGGAUCUGUCUUUCUUACCUGUUUCUGGUCAAACCGGACAAGGCUUAUUGGAAAAAGUAACUGAGGAAAUAUGUCCCUGGUAUCGAGGUCCCUCUUUUAUCCAGCUUAUCGAUGAGUUACCGUCGCUGAACCGUAAAAUGGACGGUCCCUUUAUUAUGCCAGUAGUUGAUAAAUACAAAGAUAUGGGCACGGUCCUUAUGGGCAAAGUUGAAGCGGGUACAACACGAAAAGGCAGCACAUUAUUCCUUAUGCCUAACAGGGUACAAGUUAAUGUAGACCAGUUAUGGUCUGAUGACAUUGAAGUGACAUCUAUUGGUCCUGGUGAAAAUGUCAAAGUAAAACUCAAAGGAAUUGAAGAGGAAGAUGUAUCUCCUGGUUUUGUUCUAUGUGAUAUUGCUGAACCUAUCACCACUGGAAGAGUUUUUGAUGCUCAAGUUGUAAUUUUGGAGCACAAGUCCAUUAUCUGCGCUGGUUACUCUGCUGUUAUGCACAUACAUUGUGCAGCUGAAGAAGUUACUGUGAAGGCGCUAAUUUGUUUGGUUGAUAAGAAAACGGGCGAUAAGUCAAAGACGAGGCCGCGCUUCGUCAAACAGGACCAAGUGGCCAUCAUGAGGAUAGAAUGUGCAGGAGUCAUUUGUUUAGAACCAUUUAAGAAGUUUGCCCAAAUGGGCAGAUUCACACUAAGAGACGAAAAUAAAACUAUUGCGAUCGGUAAAGUCCUAAAAGUGAUUGAGUAAAUUGGCACUACAAUUUGUAAUUUAGCUAGGAUAGGCCUUUCCAAAACCUAUAUCAACAGAUAUGCAUGUAAAAUGUAAUCCUGAUUUUUGGGAUCUGUACCAAGUGAGAGCUCGAGUGUAUUAUUGCUUCAUCAUUUCCAAAUAAGAAAAUGUAUAUUUUGCCUGUUAGUGAAGAAGCACAGCUGGGCCUGAUCAAAGUAAAUUAAUAUUCUACAACUACUGCCAUACAAUAUAUUGCCUAUGUGGGAACUCUAUAUGACAUAUAUACAUACAUUCCCAUCCCAUAUCUUAUAAGUACAGCAGAAAUUAUGUUGUAAUUUUAUAUGAAGCAAUUUAAGGAGCAAACUAAUAUAAUAUUAGAUAACUAGAUUGUACAGUAACUAUUUUAAACUAUUUUACUGUUGCUUUCCUUCAAAUUCAUAUUUUUAAUGAAACAAAUCAUUGAAAUUAUGACUGUGUUGGAUAAUUUUUACAUCUCACUAGGAAAAUUUUAUAUACAGAUAGUCAUGUAGAGUUCCAGAAUAAUAAUUGUACUGUUAAUUCAUUUAAUAAAUUUAUAUAUGAAAACUUGCGGAUUACGAUUAAUCAGGAAAUCUUAAUAAUACGUUAUUAAUACCUUUGUUAUAUUUUACUGGACGACGACGUUGUGCGAUGGACAAGGCUCUCAUGUACUAAUUUGAUGCGAAGAUCAACAACUUGGCGUUAUUGAGGAAUCCAAGCCUAAGCCACCAUUUAAAUUUUUAUUGCCAUUACCAUUCCUCUGACGUCCGAGUUGGUGACCCACGUAACAGAUUGCUAGUGUUUAUAAUAAUAUGGUUAUAACGAUUAAUAGUACUGUUUCCUAUAUUAAAUGCAAAAUUAUGUUUUUAUUUUUAGUAGUUUCGUAUACAGUACACAUGUUUAUAAAAAUGUUUGUGAUUAGUCUCUGACUAAAGUCAUAUUUUAUUUGCUUAGAUCAACAGUUGUUUCGGUGGUAUAUGUUUUUAAUGUUAAUUCUUUUAUUGUCUGCAAUACUUUCUGUAUCUAAUUAUGCUUAGUUUAUAAUUUAUUGCUUUAGUGACCAAUUCUAUCGACUGACGAAAGAGUGUUUCUAUAUUACGAUAGUAAAAAGGAAAUGUGAACGGCAUUGAAAUGUGAAUAAUUGAGGAACACUGAAACGUUGGUAUUUUAUUUACUCAUAAUUUAUGAUUAUAUUAUUAUUAUGACCAUACCCCAUAGUGGGACGGCCUCGGAAUGUAAACUGUCGCUAUAGCGGUCAUUACACAACAUACCUUCAAUAUUAGCUUUGUUACUCAUGCAUCAAGUAUUAACGUAGGGAAGAGUACUUAUGGAAAGUUGCGCAGAAUGUAACGGUGGUUUUUAUGAAGACAGAUGAUUCUUAUAACUUCGGCUCAACAUCCGAAUUGUUAUAAUAAAUGUAUAUUAUGGAUUUAUAAAUUUUCAGCUUUUUUAAUAUAAUCAGAUUUACGUCUAGAGAUGAUUGUAUAUUAUUAUCAUAUUUUGUGUAUAUCAGUGGAGAUGAUGCGAGGCGCGCGUGGCCCCUGAGUAGGUCCCACUUCGUGCUAUAGUUUUAUUUUGUCGAGACGCUUGCAGUAGAAAGGAGUACGUAAAGAAUAGGGCGCGAGGCGGGCCCCGCGCGGCAGUGCCUUGUGAAGUUGCGAUAUGCUCGCCCGCCUCGCGACCGCCGCGCCUCAACACCGAGCGACCACUGGCAGGCUGCAACUAUAUUAUUUUGUUUAAAAUAAAAUUUUAUUAAUA